GCAAAGUUUGGUGGACGCGCCCGCGGUGGAGCCCAUACGGUCUGCUCGCUACUGGGCGCUACAUAUUUUGGCUGGGCGUCUGCGCCCUCUGAUCUAGCCUGAACGAGACUGUGACAGUAUAGCGCGAGCGCUCCGGCACUCUAGUCUCAGAUGCCCCAGAUAGUUCUUCGAAUUUUGAAUCAGUCCUUCCCCCUUGCCAUUGCCAUUGGUCUGCUGGCUACAUUCGCUGGCCGCAUCUGUUUGUCAGCUCUUUGUCUUCGUUGCCAAGAGGGAUGUCACUAUUGUAGUCUGCGAGAGUCAGCUUCACCAGAGUGCAGGGAUGGUGGUGCGCAUCAGGCUGGCACGCUUUGGGAGAAAGAAUCUGCCUUUCUUUCGCAUCUUUGUGGCAGACAGCCGCUCUGCUCGGGACGGCAAGCACAUUGAAGUCGUAGGGCACUACAACCCCCUCCCAAGUAAAGACGGCCACAAGCACGUGGGCCUGGACUUUGAGCGCAUCAAGUAUUGGCUCUCCGUAGGCGCUCAGCCAUCUGACACUGUGGCUCGCCUGCUAGGAGUGGCAGGCGUGCUUCCAAGGCUCUCAAGGAGCACAGAGACGCGUGCGCCCAAGGAAGUGGCCCCACCGACGCAUACAGGGGAACCAGAGAAAGUAUAGGAAUAUAGGGAUCCCUAGGUUUUUACCAUGUAAAAGAGCAGGUUUUGGCGAUGUUGAGCUGCGGCACCCCAAUCCAGGAAUAUCAGGCGGUUUGAUGGAGUAAUUUGGCAGAAAACCCCGUCGGACAAGCUAGACAUGAAAUACUAGUUGUCCGCUCCGGGUCCGCUCUUUGUCCUUGCAAUGCAACUUAAGUAGGCAUGCCUUCGAGGAUCGCCUAAAGAUAUAACGCGAGGGCAUCAUUAUUUGGCAUCUUAUAGGUAAUUGGGUUGCGUUUAUCCACGCCCCUUUACAUAUAACCGCUGCUAUAGGUCCACCGCAUUCUGAUGACCCUUCAGUCGCCGUGGCUCUCUAGCUUUCAAAGUUGCUAUCCAUCGAAGGAGCU